UUUAAUUGAAUAGUCAACGGAUCAACUGAUGGCACGGGAGUAGGAGGGGUAUAUAAAGAGAACCGGUGUCUCUAAGCAUUCAGAUGCAGAUCAGUUCAUACUGAGUUUAUGAUUGUAGUCGCGAUGGUAAUCUGUGUCUUCAAUAUGCGGUCUUUGUUUAUAUUAUCUGUUGUAGUUCUAUCUACAACCUAUGCUUUUCCUGAUCUGAGUGCAGCACUCGAUGAAAAAAUGAAGGGGGUCAGCGCUGAUCUUGACGAAAUCAAAAAAGAUCUAGAGCAAAAAACUCGAAGGGAUGUUGAUAUCAAGCCAGAGCCAGUUGAAUCAUGGACUGGUAAAUGGUUCCCUGAAAAGCCUACAGAAGCACCCAAAACUGGGGGUUCCGGCGGCGGAAUGGACGGCAAUAACAUGUGGAAAAUGAUUAACAGUACUUGUGACGAUGGGAAGUCCAACCUAACAGUGGACUGGAACAACAAUGAUAUAGACUACAUUUGUGCCGAAGGAGACUAUCUGGAACCUGAUACUUCCUUGAAGGCUACACUGGAGCAGGAACAUAUUCCUCCUAUGUAUAUUGCCAGGCAUGUUUGUAUGAAGUCUGAAAUUCCGUAUGAACAUCCUCUGCUCACAUUCGGACCUCAUCGACCAGCAUGGGCCAAGUACGGUGAAUAUAAGUACCUACCUCCCCAGCGAUACCUUCACAACAUGGAGCAUGGAGGCAUUAUUUUCCUUUAUCAUCCCUGUGCAGCUCCGUCUCUCGUCAACAAGUUGAAGAAAGUAGUCAAGAGUUGUCUGUACCGUCACGUCAUCAGUGCUUCUCGUCUCGUGCCUAAAGAAAGGCCGUUUGUCCUGUUGUCGUGGGGCUGGCGUAUGCUGAUGCCCACCGCGGACACCAAGCUGGCUGUGGAGUUUAUCAGGGAACACGCUCUGCACGGCUACGAGAAGACGCACAAGGACGGUUACUACGACCAACUGCUGGUCGACCCCGCCAAGGUGGUCAGCACACCAGAGGACCAGGAGCUGUGUCCCAAGUACAAGGACUUCUAGAGGGUUUUCUCAGCAUUUUGAUAUCACUUCACGUGCCAGCCAUUAGAUUUUUAAGAUUUAUGUGUGUAAGGGAAAAGCAUGAAAAAAAAGUGUGCUCUUGCAUUGUUUAGUUAAUCAAAUGUUAGAACAAUGAUUUUAAAUUAAAAUCAAAUUUAAAAUUAAAUAAAAAAAAAUAAAUAAAUCAAAAAAAAUAAAUAAAAAUAAAAUUUAAUCAAAAUUAAAUUUCUUACAAACAACUUUUAAAACACGAUUUAGAAUAACAUUUUUUUACCAACUGAAUUAUAUUAGUUGAACAUUUCUGUUAAGAUCUCGUUUAGCUUUCAGUUUUGGAAAUUUGUCUUAAUCCAUACUUCAUUACUAGUUACGGAUAUGAAAUAUUAAAAUCUUUGAUUCUCUUAAGAUAUGUUAUUGAUAUAAAUUAAAUAUUUUGGAGUUUAAUUUUUGCACAAGCAGUAUUUAUAUGUUUGCGUUUCCUGAUCUCGAUUAUGCAUUCCAUUGCUUGUUACAACAUGCUUACAAAAUCUCAAUAAAUUAUAUUACAAGUGAUCAAAAGUAUUUUAGAUUUUGUUACGAAUUUCUAAAAAUGUAUUUUCAUAUUAUAUUUUAAAUAUUUAUUUUAUUAGCUUUUUAAGAAAUUGUCCUAAAAUAGGAAGUAUUGUAUUGUUGUCAAUUAUUUGUUGGUUAAAAACCAGUGAUCUUAAUAAUAAUUAGUUUUAUACUGAAUUUUUACAUAAUACUCUUAACAAAGUAUAAAAUUUGUAUAGAUUUUAUAGAAUAAGGUCGUAAGAAGGGUAUUAAGCCUUGUAGACCUUUUAGGUGUUUUCUAUAAGGUAUUUUUAAAAGCUGUGCUUUAAAGUAUGUUUUGUUUUUUAUUUGUGUCUAUUAAAUGAAUGUUUACUAA